CUCAAAAUUUACGGAUAUCUCGUGGCGCCACGCAAGGAAUUGCGACUUAAUACUAGAAGAGACUGCUGGGAUCCCCACUCUACAGCCGACACAUUCAGCCUAGGAAUUCUAGGAGUGAACCUUCAGAUUUGGCAUGAGGCCUCCCCAAUUUUCUACAUUUCUGUGACUCUCAUCGUGGAGAUUCCGGAUUUGGAGGACAUAGAUCCUGAGCCGGAUGUAGAUAUGAUGUAUCCGGCUUCCAUAAAUCAUCCGACACGUCUGCUACAAGUACCCUGGGAUAUAGACAACAGGAAUUUUCUUUGGCGUCAUUGUCCUAGGGAGUAUUUUCCGUUUUACAGUUAAGCGAGGGAGGUGGGUGAGGAUCCCUAUGGGUACCUAAGGUAUGAGGAUGGCUGGCGUUUUUCAUGGGAUGGGUGUUUCGAACCACAUAUUUUUGCGCGGUUCCAAAACAUCCGCAUUAUUAUGGAAAAGACCGACUUGCUUGCCUAUUUCAAGAAAGAGUUUUUACCGACACGGGAUAUGAAGCACCUCAAAAAAUAUUUCGAGGAGAGUCGUUUGAUGACUGUGUUGACUACGCUGCUGUCUGGGGUGCUGGUCUUGAAGUGUUUGGAAAUUGUCCUUGACGUCGAUGGCGACAUCACCGAAUGGAACAUGCGAGACAUUCAUCCUCCCGAUUACAGGGUAUGUAUGGAAAGGGAGCAGCUUCCCUCGGAUGAGAUUAUACAAAGUCGUCCGAACGGAUUCCGGUUUUCGCUAGGGAAAUUAAAAAUUGUACAGGCUUUCGAGGUCAAGAUUUUGCAUUUCGGUGGUCUUCGAACGCCGGGCAAGAUCUCUGGGAAGGUGAUAGAGGAAUUGAAAGAAGAGGUAUGCCUAUCCAUUUCGAGAAUGCCAGAUUGUCGAAGACUAACUUCAUGUCAUAAUUCCAGCUCGCUGCUCGAGUAUCUAAUCGUCCGAUCCCCCUAUCGAAGAUGGAGAUUACUCGCCAACUUGUAGAAGCAAGAGGUCGGAGUCUUCAUUGUCAAAAGUAUCAAUUUCAGACAAUCAACGAUAAAAAUGUCACACCCCGAUUGGAAGGAAUUCUAGUGGAAAUGCUCGAGCUUCAGAAGGCCCAUCAAAAUAGGAUGGAUGGGUUAUCGGGCCAGCUUUGGGAUGAUUUUGAAGAGAUUGCCCGUAUAGAGUAUGCUAAGACGGCAGGUGAAGAUGCCCAGCGUGGCUUGGAUGAGGUGAGUGAACACUCUGCCGUAUAGGUAGCUCCCGGUGGACAAGAAAAGUGGCAGAAACCUCUUUUAUCAUGUCCUGACCUAAAUAAAAACUAUUAUGUUAUAUUAUUUAAUUAGAAUGAUUAAAGUGAUUUAUCGAAAACGAUGGCAUAAUAAAGAUGAUUGUUCUAGAUAUUUCAAACAUUUUAGUACUUAGAAUCAACUUACGCUAAUAGGUAAAAGAUAAAUCUCUGCCACUUUUCUUGUCCAUCGGGAGGUAGGUAUGGUGCCCAGGUGGAGAUGGAUGAGAGGGUCAAGUGGCAGUGAAACACGUGACCAUAGACUCAUAUUCAGUUGAGAUAUAAGUGAGGAGGGCUCAUGAAUGACUUUAGCUAUAAUUGGAUGAUAAUGUGAAUUAGAAACCUCAAAGAAAUUAUUGACUUGAUUCAUUUGACUCUAAUGAGUUAGACUCUAAUGAGUUAGACUCUAAUGAGUUAGACUCUAAUGAGUUAGACUCUAAUGAGUUAGACUCUAAUUGUGACGGAGCUGGAUUUCAUUUGACAGGAUUUCAUUCGCUUGGCCAAGCACGUGACGAGACUUGGCAUUGGAACAACUUAAAUAACUUCGCUCCUUUCAGAUUCUCUUCUCUCUUUAGUUUGAUUUCUUCGUACCUACGGUUUUAGUUCUAGCAAUUGAUUCAAAAGCUGUAUACACUUUAUCCUUUGUUGGCAUCCGUGACACUAAUGAGUCAGACUCGCUAUUAGAAGUAAGUAGCUAGCUAAGUAUAUAUAUACUUAUAAGUAUCGUAGUACGCCGGUCCUAAAGGAACAAUCUUAUAGGUUUAAUACUAACUCAUAUAACUUAUAGUCAUCUUUAAGUGCCAUUUGCUAAGUUAUAGCGACACAAAUAAUCAAUAAACGUUGAGGGGGAUUUGGAAAAAAAAUUAGGAUUUUCGGCAACUUCCUAUACUAUAAGAAUAUAGAAGUAAGAAACCUAGUCAUUACUCUAUACACGCUAUUAAAUAUUAUUAUCCUAAAAGUCCAGUAUAAUUUAGUUAAUUGUCCUGUUUUACCUAGAUUAACAAGGAGUGAAAAGUAUCAAUUAUUCUAAACUAUUUGUAUAAUUGAUUUAGUUAUAUAACGUCUUUAGGAUAAUAUUUUUAUAACUCAGGGGUAUAAGAUUACAGAGUAAUGCCCGCCUCUCUUAUCGAAGUGUACUACCAUGGUCGUGAAUUAGGCAUUGAAUUUUCCUUGUAAAUUAAAAGCCAUCAUGAAGCAAUGGCGUCUUAUGAGAACAUUAAUAGAACCGAGAUGUAGAAAGAAGAAAUGGGGAUUAUUUUUCUUCUUACAAUAUGUCGAUCAAGUUUCACCGCCUUCCGAGGUCGUUGGCCCGACCUCUACCCAACCCUCAAAUCUGGCCCCUGAUUGCACCCACUCAAGUUCUCACGACAACACGACACGACAACACAUUGCUUUAAGUGUGAUGAGCAGCGCGUACCUGACAAUAUGUUUGAGAUGGAGGGCCGAAAUGAUGAGAUCGUGGGCGUUGAUCGAACAUGUUGGUUCUUGAAGAUGCCUCUAGGUAAGAACUGUUUCCUUGCCCCGGUGCUGAGAAUCAGACGGAUCAGUAUAGCGCAUAUGGCUGGCUUCGCCGCUAUGAAAGCUAUCGAUACAAAUUCUUAUAGAGAACUCUUGCACAGAUUCUAGUACUCCUAAUGGCGUUUUCAUUCAUCCCCUGAGCCCCUUGGAGGCAUGCCCAACCACUCCCCUCAAAUCUCGUCACCAUCAUUACCGUUGUAAUAUUGGCUAAUUUCAAUCAGAGAUCCGUAUGAAAAUAUAUAGCUACCUCGUCGCUUGUAGCAAACAUCUGAAUCUUUACAGCCUAAACGACGAAAGUCCCAAGUAUUCCCAAUUGAAACUUGGAGAUCCCAAAUUCAAACUUAAAAUCCUAGCUGUGAAUUCCCAAAUCUACAACGAAGCAUCAUCGGUUAUCUUCUCCAAUGUUACAAUCCAUUUUGGGGUGAUGGAUCUCAAGGAUCUAGUCCCCAACGAGUGGAAUCAUGAAAAUAUGUACUACCCAAGCGACAUAACAAACCGAACCCCGCCGCGAAUCACCAAAGAUGAAUCCCACCAAACCUGGGAUCAUAUCUGGACAUGCGAUCCCAUGGUCUGGGUGGCUUCUGGGGAACGCAACCAACCCAGGAAACCUGGAAAAAACCCCUACGAAAGCGAGCGCUCGAAAUACUGGAUGGGCUCAUGGUUAGGACCUUUGCAACCCCAUAUCUUUACUCAAUUUCAAAAAUUCUCUAUAACCAUUACUUUGGAAGACUUAUGGGAAUAUUGGGAAGAAUAAUACGCUAUACCUGAAUCCGGCAUCUACACAAUUUGUGAUUUCGCCGAGGCGAGUCACCUGUUUGCAAUCCUCACGAAAUUGCUUUCAGGUGUAACAUUCUUGAAGCAUUUGGAGAUUAUCCUCGAUGUGGACGAAAAAGGGUUGGACUGGGGGUAUCCACUUGAAGAAGACAAGGACACCUCGAAGAGACUGCCCUCAGAUGGAAUUAUCCAGAGUGAUGAAAAUGGGUUCUUGUAUUACUUUGGGAUGUUGGAUAAUAUUGAAAAUUUUGAUAUUAAGGUCGUCUCGAAAGGCGAUAAUCUCUGUCCUUCCAACACCGAAUAUCGAACACUCGAAGGAAAAUCUAAGAGAGUUAUCGAGGAAUUGAAAAAAGAGGUAUAUACUGCUAGCUUACUAUACGACAAGCUUCUCUCAUUGUCCUCACAAUUCCAGCAAAACGGUCUAAGCUGACGCCUUAACAGCUCGCUAUUCGCUUUUCUAAACAACCAGUCCCACUUUCAACAACGGAGAUUGUUCGUCAAAUCGCAAGAGUCCAAGGAAACGCACUUAGCACCACGAGAUUACAACUAAGAACCAUACCAGACCGCAAAAACCUCCCAUCGGAAUCCGAGGAAACUCUCUUACAGAUGCUUGAGCUACAACGAGAACAUCAGAAGAAAAUGAAUGAGAUGCAGCGCAGGAUUCAUGCGCAGAUCAAAGAGGGUGUUGAUAAUAGGACUCGCGUAAGUACCUAUUUUGAAUGGAAUUGUUACCCGGAACCCUUCCUCCCUGGUUUAAUAUACCAGACACAUGACUGCGCAUCGCGUAAGCCAGCUAGCUCCGCUCCUUUGGGACCAGUGUGCUCCUACGCUAGCAUAAAUAGUCGCUAGCUUAUUAGCUUAGAGAAUACAAACAAUGCGCAUCGCUACUGAGCCAAAAGUGCAGUGAAUUGAUGCUCACCUGCUCGGUCAGGUCGUGGUACGGUAUCCGGAUUGACGCAGUCAUUGACAGAGCUGUCAACAUAUCGUGA